UUCAGAUAAUAAAAAACCACAAUGAAUGAGUUCAGUUUCAGUUUGGAUCUCCCCUACGGUUUAUGUUAGUCCAAUAACAAUAAUAAAUGAAAAAAAGAAGUUAACAAAUAUAGAUUGAAGAAUGACGCGGUUUACCAGUUUUCGCAUAUCCUGCUGUACUCCAUUUUCAUUUUCAGACCAAGUACACCACUCUUCUCUUCUUAAUUCAACUCUUGUUAGAAAAGGAAGUCAGGAACAUAAGGUAGAGGGAAAAAAGUAACAAGCUUGAUCUGUCUGCUGGAUUUGUCUCUGUGUUCUUUAAGAACCCAGAAAGCAUGGUGUUGAAUCAGAGCUUCAGAUUCUGUUUUGCUACUGUGUUCUUCUUCAUUCUGUUGGGUCUCCCUGCUUCUUCUUCAUCUUCUCCCACUUUCAUUUCAGAUGGUAUCUUUGAAUCUCAGGCUUCUAUUGGCCGGAACCUACUGCAGGCCAAGAAAGGUUGCCCAGUAAAUUUCGAGUUUUUGAACUACACCAUCAUCACAAGCCAAUGCAAAGGACCACGUUACCCUGCUAAGCCGUGUUGUGCUUCAUUCAAGGAAUUGGCUUGCCCUUAUACAGAUGUAUUGAACGACUUGACAAAUGAGUGUGCUUCUAUUAUGUUCAGUUACAUCAAUCUCUACGGAAACUACCCUCCUGGCCUUUUUGCCAAUGAGUGCCGCGAGGGGAAAUUGGGUCUUGAAUGCCCUGCAUUACCACCUUCAACUUUGGCUGAUGAUGUAAAUGCGGUUCAUACCACCUCCUCUCCAUCUCCAUUGUUAAUGCUCACAGCUGCUUUUGUAUUGUUGCUGUUCCGGUUACUCUAAAUCUCCAGACUAUCUUCCACUGAUUAGUUACUCUCAAAACAUGUGAGGGAACAACGAUUUUUUCAUUCAUAUUGUGGUAGGCAUCCCUUGUUAAUUACCGAGUUACUGAGGUUAAACAUCUGUGAUUUGUAAUAUUUAAGCUCCCUUUGUGGAAUACCUUGACAGCUACUACAUAUAUGCUGCAAUAUUGUUUAAUGCCAAAGAGUGAACCUUAUACGCGUCGAAA